GGGGUUUUGUGCUGAAAACGACCUGUCAAGGUUACUUAUGGAGACAGUUCUGAAAGGAGUUGUAGCAUACAUUGAUGUAAAAUCACCCUUUGGAAACCCUGCUACCGCUCUGAGUAGAACUCUUGAAUCAUUGGGGGCCAGUGUCGCACAUACCUUAAAUAAUCAUGUGACACAUGUUUUAUUUCGUAAUGGCUCUGAAGCUGUUAGAUGUUGGGCUCUCAAAAGAAACAUUCCUUUAGUAUCCCCAGGAUGGGUAAAAGCCUGCAAGAUGAUGAAGGUCAAAGCUUGUGAGGCAGCUUACUCUGAAAAAGAAGACAAAUCUGACUUAUCCGGUGUAAUAACUCGACCAUUUGCUAAAAACGUUGAAGAAGAAAGUUGUGUGAAGCAAAGUGGACCCGUUGUAUCUGGUGAUGAACGCGUUGAUGGGUUACAUAUUUUUAAACCAAUUCGUGUCAGCGAGAAAUUUAUUCGACCAAAGACACCUCCAGAAAUGAAACGUUUCCUUCUUCGUAUCCAAAGAUAUCAGAGAAUGAGUGAAGAAAAUACUCUUCUUUGCGAAGAAACUGUGCUGGAGAAUUCAAAAGAAAACAUAGUGCAACCAUCACAUGCUGAAAAGGUUACUCGGGAGUUAUCUAUACAACCAGAUGUUGGAGUUGAAUCACUCACUACAUCUACACAAGAUGCGAUAAAUCGACCAAAACUUGUGGGUUUUCGUAAUUCUUUAUCACCAAUUGUCAACAGACCUGAAAAAGAUAUUCUAGAAGCGGAUAGUAUAUUAGAUGAUUCCUUGACAGAAAAUUUUCCUCCAACAAGUGUUAAAAAAAUUCCAUUAAAUAAAUUUCAUUUAAUCAAUCCUAAUGCAGGAUCACCACUUGAAGAACUGAUUACUCCAACAACUAAACAAACUUCCAAUCUGAUUGUCAGUACCAACAGUACAAAAAAGUUAAAAAGGCGUUCUUCUGUAUUCACUAAAAAAUUUUCAAUUGGUACUCCACUUACUCCGGAUAUGUUAUUAAAUUUUGUUAGUUCAUCAAAAACCUCAAAAUCUACUGUUAAAAAGAAUAUUCAUUCUGUAGAGGAGAAAGCAAAAAGUAGUGGUGAUGUUCUACAAAAGAAAAAAACUGGAAAAACACUCAAGUUAUUUGCUAAUAAGAAAGUAUCUAAACAGUUAUUAAAUCCACAUGAAUCGCGUACACCGAAGGUAUCCAGUAAACUACUUCUUAAGAAAAAUAAAAUUCUUUGUGAAACCAAUUUUAUAGCUAAACCAACGACCAGUGGAAACACACAUACACCUAAGCGUACAGUGCAAUCAAGGAAGAGAGUUCAAUCCAAAAAUAAAGUUGUUGAGAAACCGACUCAGGGAAAGGAUGUAUCAUUGUUUCCAUCUCUUGGUGAUAAUCAGAAUGAAAUUCCGGUGAAGGGUAGAAAUUUAAACGAGGUAUUGUAUUCACCAAGCCUACGACCUGUUUGCUUUCGUCUCCCUGUCAGUGUAGAUUUAGAUGCAACAAUAAAUCUGGAACAAAAAUCUUUAUCAGAAAAUAAAUCAAUACAAACUUCUAUCAUAUCCAGUCCUAUUCGAAAAAGAUUACGUACUUCAAGAAUGAACCUACAUACAGAGCUACCGUAUUCAAUUUUCGAACGGAAAUCAAGUGUUCAAGUGGCGAAUACACCAUUGUCUAUGAGACCAAGUCGGAUGUCUUUAAGUCAGAUAAAAGUCAUCAACAAGCGUAAUAGUUUAGAAGAGUUUCGUCCUACGCCUAUCGACCAAUGUAAAGGUGCUCCAAUUCAAUCUCCAUCUGUUUCUCAAACUCUGAUGACAAGGAUCAGUAUUGUAUUCACUGGAACACAAUCAAAUGAUGAACAAGUAUUAAUCGCUUUAUUGAAAUCAAGUAACUUGGUUGGUUAUGACAUUGUCAAGUUACCAAGCCAUUCUUUAUCGUCCAGUUCUCGUUCUACAAGAUCGAAACUGAGGCCUAGCCCAGCUAAUUGUUCAUGCAGUUCAGUACAAUAUACGCAUUUAGUUACGGAAUCUCCAUUUAGACGAACAUUGAAAUUAUUUCGUGCCUUAAUUCAAGGUAUACAUAUUGUCACUACAGAUUGGGUACGUCAGUCAGUCACUUGUAAUAUGUGGUUACCUGAAGCGGAAUUUAAACCUCAUGGAUUACCUCGUUUAUCACGAAGGCAGAAGAUGAAUAAACUAUUCUCUGGUGUUGGUGUCGUUUAUGUUGGCCCAGAUACAAAGCCACCACGUCAAGAUCUUGUAGAUUUAUUAAAUAUAGGUGGUGCAGUUCUAACAAACAGAAAAAUGGAAGCUUCAAUUCUCAUUGGCUGCACUGUACCAAACAAGAUAUGUAUUAAAGCGAAUUGGAUUUUGGAUUGUAUCUUCCAAGCUAAAUUAUUAUCAGUAAUGGAUUACAAAAUGUGACUGUUAUACGCAUAUUGAUAUAAUAAUAAUGAUUAUUUUUUUUCUCUUCUGUCUUUGUGUUUACUGUCUUUUGUGAUUUUGACUUAUUUAUUGUACACGUAUAUUUACACAUCUACGAAGAGAGUUACCUUCUUUCUUAUUUCUUUACUUAUUGUAUGUGAUUUGUACUCUUCCUGGUGCAUAUCAUACUACUUUAAUUAAUCUUACUUCUAUUUUUUCAAUAAGAUGUUUCUUCAUAAUGUGAGGAAAGUUAUCAUUGAUUAUAAACCUACACAGUAACAUUUCUUCAUUUUACAGCGCAGCAGCAUCAGCUGUCGUGUGUGUAUGUGUGUGUUUGUCUGAAGGCAUGAUGUUGAAGAUGGAGAUAAUGAUAUAUUUUU